AUGUCAAUCGACCAACCCUACGUGCUAUAUCGAGGAGCAUGCACGAACGCAAAAUGGGACCAGGGAUGUCCUGAACAUUGCAACAAGGUCGGUGAUCCUUACUGGCUCCAGUGGGAGGACAACAAAAACGGACAGCACACGUAUUGUUGCACCUGGUUCGGAACCGUUGAGAACAGGAGUUAUGGUUGCGACGGCGCGACGACUUUCACCUUACCCGACACCGGUGUUCUAUUUGGCGGAGCCCUUCUUCAGAACGUGACCACGUUCAAUGCCACAGACACAGAGUCCUCAGGUGGCUCGCCCAGCAGGGAAAUAGCUAUUGGAGCGGGUCUAGGAGUGUCUUUGGGGUCAUUGAUGUUAGCAUUCCUGGCGUGGGCGCUGUUUGAGCGUAGGGAACGACUCCGCGCUAGGUGUAUACCUGUUCCCACGAAUACUGCGCUCGGUCGUCACCCCUCGGGCUAUGUAUACCCGCAUGGAACUAGAAUGGACAAGCCUCCCGUGGAACUGGAUCAUAAUGCACCUAUACCGGAAAUUAUGGGCCGGGAGAGAUAG